CAUUCCAUGUGAAUCCUCCUUAAUUCGGACUUUUAAAUGCGCGUGUUUCUAACCUAAUUACUCGAUAACAAAAGUGUAUAUAUACAUGUUUAAAUUAUUUAAUUUAAAAAUAUAGAAAUCGCUUUCAAUUUAAUGGCGCAAAUUAAAAAUUAAAACAGGAAAGAAAGAUUAAGUAACGAAGAUGAAAAGUGGCUCAAGGAAGGAAAUACUCUCCACUCAAAGCAAGAAAAGGAAUUAUUUACUUUUGAAAGACGACGAUGAAGGACGAACUGUUCGCCGCUGUCACGACAAGAAUAAAUAAUUUGGAAGACCAGAUGUCGAAUAUAAGAAUGCUGCGACUCAAGGAAUCCAUAUGAUCUCGCUGUCAUAAGUUUUAUUACUAAUCAGCUGUGAAGACAAAGCAGACAUGCUUUCGAAGUACGGAUUCUUGUUGCUGCUUGUUUGCAUUGGAUGCGUUCUGUUAUUUAUUACACUCGUGGAUAAAGGUUUGCGGCCGCGGGCUCCGACAGUAAGUUUACUGCAGCCUCAGACGGCAUACGAGACGACCGGCAGGUCGUCAGGAGCUUCCGGAAUCAUAAUCGAGCCACCAGCGUGCAACGCCACCGUUCUGAUGUGGAUCGUCACGUCUUACGCGGGCGAACCUUCGGCGAGAAGCGCCUUGCGGCGAGCUUACGCGACCGAAGAGUUGCGCGCUCUGGGGAUCGGAAGAGUAUUCUUGCUCGGUGCGUUAAGCGAGGACGCCGAGAGGAAGACGCGUGUGCCGCAGAACGCACUGUUGGACGAGUCGCGACGCUUCAACGACAUACUCCAGGGAGAUUUCCUGGACACUUACAGAAAUCUGACGCGCAAACACCUGAUGGGCCUUCGGUGGGCGACGAGCAAUUGCAAAGACGUCAAGUAUAUCAUGAAGAUGGACGAUGACAUCGUUGUAGAUAUCUAUGGCAUACUGGAGAAGUUGCGCUCGGGUGCGAUACGAGAGGAUUCCCUGACCGGUUACGUCCUGAGGAAUAUGAUCCCCGUCCGGGAGCCAGCCAACAAGUGGUACGUGAGCAGGGCGGAGUACGCGGGCAACGUUUAUCCCGACUUCGUCUCUGGCUGGCUGUACAUCACGCAUCCGCGGACAGCGGGACGACUGGUCGAUCACGCCGAGUCCUCCCGCGAGUACUUCUGGAUAGACGACGUGUUUGUCACCGGCAUCGUGAGGCAGGCACUGAACAUAGGCGUUCGAAACGUCAGUGAGUUAUACGCGACAGAUCACGGAUACUUGGAAUGUUGUAUAAAGGGAGGGGCGAAUCUGCUGAAGUGCGAAUUUCUGGUCGGUCCCAAUGGCGGCGACGCGGAGCUGCAAGGGAGAUUCAAGGAAUUCGCGAAGUUUUGCCAUGCAAAUUGCUCCGCCCGCAAGGGGGGUAACCUCGUGGGCAGGACCUGCGUGGUGGCGUACAAAGAGCCAAGUCUGCACAAGGGCGCCGUGCAGAUAAGUCCAAUCAGAAUUCUAUGAAGAAACAUAAAGGUAUACCAGAUCAAUGAAAUUGACAUUUUAUAUAUUUUAUUACAGAGAAUAUUUUCUAUUUAUUAUCGUAUAUAAAAUUUGUACAGUAUAUUUUACAUUUUUUUAAUUAUUAUAUAUAUAAUAUUUCAUAAAAUCGCAGUUAUUCAUUUUACCUAUCUUGUUAUGCGUCAAUAAUUCUUAUACGAUAGUAGCUAUAUCACAGUCCUAUAUAUAUGUGAUAUACAGUUUCUCUGAUGUAAAAUGGGAUCGACACGAAUUUUAGUCACAAGGUCUACAUUCUUAACAAAAAAAAAAA